AUGUCAGACCCGCACGCUGAUGCGGGCGUUGCGGGCGCGGAGGCACUUCUCGGGCUCGCAGCUGGCAACAACGUUCGUCUUCCAAGUCUCCAACGGCUCCCUGGGCCUCCCUCCGUUCGGGAACCACCGCCGCUCGAACUUCCGACCCAGAACCUCCACACCAACCAAACCGCUUCCAACGUCUCCGAACCCGUCCCGCAAUCGAACUCGGUCUUCCUUCAAACUCCGCCUUCCCUCUCCAUUCCUUUGCACCACGCCUCUUCGCAACCACAGCAACAGCCCCCGCCGGAUGAGCAACCGAAAGCACCGCAUCCGCCGCAAAGUAGCUCGCAGCCGCAUGUCACCUCAAUGCCGCCACAAAGCCACUAUGUCGCCUCGCAUCAUCUCCCACACCCGCCGCCUCCUCAUCAUCCUCACGAGCUCUCGCACCCGGCCGCCCGGCCACCGCCGCCAGCCCCUUACCUUCCUCCACCGCAGUCGAGUGCACCUGGUUCUCACCCUAUGCGCCACGAACUCCCAAGUGUCGCAAGCCUGAGUCAGUGGGCACCUCGCCCGCCCCCGCUAACUGAUGCCAACGCUCACUACAGCAUCCCACCUCCACGCCCUGCAUAUGAGACUAUGCACCAUGCUUCACCCCCGCCUAUUCCUUCGUUACAAGCAUCUUCCGCCCAUCUUUCAGCACACUCGCAUCUCCAGCAGUCACCACCUGGUUGGGAAUCGCAACGUGCGCUCCCGCCUGCACAUGACUACUGGCCACCCACACCGCCGCACCAUGGAUAUACGUACGGUCAUCCAGCAGGAUACUACUACCAUCAGGGCUACUACCAUAGCGCUCCACCUCCGCAUGCGACGGCAACGCUGCCGCAACCACAUCUGCCUGCGCCCGCACCGUCUGGAGUUCAUGUCCCGCCGUACUCAAUUCCGACGACUUUGCACCAACCAUCUUCUGUGAUGCGCCCACCAUCCCUGGCGCUUCCGGUGCCGGUCCAACAUGGUGUGUCUGGCCCUUCACCCCAUGGAUUGCGAACAGAACUCCCUCCAGUGCAUGACUCUCACAGUCUGAGGGCCCCGUUGCCAAGCAUUGAUCCCAGCCACUACAUUAUGCCGAAAGAUGAUCUGCUGCUUGUGGCGCAGAAGCGGGCCGCGAUGUCGGAGAAGGCUGUAUCGAGAGUGCCAGACAUAGAAACUGCGUUCGGUCCGGCUUUGCAAGCCAACGCCAAGAGACAGGCGGAAGUCAACGCCACUCUGUCGGGUCCGGCACGCGUACCGAGUCCGGAGCCAAAGCCCCAUACCGAAUCGCAGACGGCUGAGCAUCGAUCGGACCCCAUCAUGAAGAAUGAUGAAGCUGUCAAAAAACCCCGAAGCGGAAUUUUUGACAUUGUGAACCUAAAAAACAAAUCGCCGGGGCGAACCUCAUCAGACUCGGAGGAUGAGAAGGAGAAAAAGAUUAUAGAUCAACUGGUUGCCCUUCCUGAAAAAGGGACGCGUAGGCGGCAGAAGCCGAAGCAGGUACGCGACUCCGAGAAAGGUAGUGCGCAAAGAGAAAACGAGGGAGUGAAGGGCCAGGUGUCUGUGGAAGUCGUGAAGGCAGAGAUCUCACCACGUGCUAGCCAGCAAAUAUCUGAAAGUACGGACAGCUUGGAUCGCAAUGGCGCUAGCAACGAAGCGAACGGACACAAACCUUUGCGAAGCCCACAACAAAGCACUCCCCUGGAGGCGGCACUGAUGGAGGUAGAAAGAGCAGAUUCGGAGAAAGUGGAAGAAGAGGAAGGAGAAUCGGAACAGACAGUAUGUCCUUGUGGAUCAGAAGAGAGUUCAGGUUUAAUGAUUGCUUGUGAUGAAUGCAACACAUGGCAGCACUCUGAGUGUAUGGGCAUCGGAGAGAACUCGAAAGUGCAAAAGUACUAUUGCGACAGAUGCCGACCUGAGGAAAUUCGUCCUAACUGCGUCGCUCAGCGAAAGUACAAAGAGAGAGUACUGGCGAGGGAAAAGGCCAUCAGAGAACCAACGAAGGAAUUUGAUUCAAUAUUGGUUGGGAUAAAGCCGCUUGAAUUGCGCAAACACUUUGCGAUUGACCUAAAAGAGAAGAGCACUGGACGACAACCGUCAAAAGGUGAAGUAUUUUAUCGCUUCGCAACUUUGCUACGAAGUCCAUUUGGAAAAUAUCGGCAAAGCGUCAUUGAAGGAAUCGUACUGCUUCUUGAGAUACCCCGAGCAGAGGUUGUGGCGAGACUUGAUGCGUUGCUGAAACGCCUUCGUACUAAGAACGGGGAUAAGACUGGCGAGGAACAUUCCGAGAACAUCAAUGCAAGAACACAGAGCCAUGGGCGGACAAAUCCGCAGAAGCGCCAGCGACCCAUUUCUGGGGUUCUUGAUCAGGCGGAUGCGAUGCAGAACAUGCGAGUUGAUCUUGGCAAUCCAGGCGAUGCGAUCACAGAUCAUGACAUGACAAGCGCGGAACAUGCGACCAGUCGAGCCAUGUCUCGGGAGGAAAGGAAACUACAGCAAACAAUGAAGUUGUUUGCACGUUUGGAAGAAGAGGAACAGCGAGAACGUGGAAAGAAGAAACCUCGUAUGGGCGAAGCGGGAGGCUCUCCAAAGCCGGGGCAGACAUCGAAGGUUAAACAUGGGCUAUUAUCACCGCCAGUGCACGCUCCGUCUCCGAAAAGUUCUGUUCGACAUCCUCGAAAAGAUCACGAUGAUCGAAAGAGCAACGUCCCAGCAAUUCAGAGAAGCUCCGAGGAGAAGAAAGUUGAUGUAAGCUUAGAACGGGACAAACCGCGCAAGGAUAGCAUCGUGCCGAAGAGUCCGCGUCUUCGCCGAGAUCAACCAGACCAUUUACAAACGCCACAACUAACGAAGACAUCCCAAAAGGGCUCCGGAGUUAGCAUGGUUGAACCGGUACCAGUCACACGGGAUCAGACAAAGAGAGCUCGUGAGCACAAGAAUAACGAUAAGCCCGAGAAACCGUCGGCGCGACGAAGAGAUAGCAGGUCACCAGAUACGACCGUUCCCGGCGGGCGUCGGCACUGUAUUCAAGAGAGAGAGCGCUCCCAGGACAGGAAAAAGAGGAGGGGAGGCGCUUCCACGCGAGAGUCGGAACGUCGCCAAUCUGUCGAGAAAGCACAAGCGAGGCAAGAUUUGUUGUUAGAUUUCGAGCUUUAUGUACCUGGGCGCUCUGUCCUUGGAAGCCGUUUAAUCCCCCGAGCGAGGCUGUCUGAGUUGGAGCGCGAACGAAUCGACAUGGAGGUUUCAGUUGAAUUCAGAGAAAAGGAACGCAGGCUACCGACCAAGAAGCAUCAUUUGCACAAAUCUCUCGCGGACAUGAAACGCUCCAAGGAAUGGGACACAAAAGCACCUGCGAAAAGAAGGUUUCAAGCCGUUGGGAAAGACUCGUCAAGUUCUUACCAGGAAGCUGGACCGUUACCCACUGGCAAGGCGAAGGUGGAAUUCACCAUAAUGCGAAAUAGUACGCCUGAAGGUGUACAUAUGGUGUUGAUCAGUGAGAGAGGGAAGCUCCAUGACAAGGGCGAAAUGUUUGACUCCCCUCACCUGAUUGUCUCGUGCUCCAAGGACAAGUCUUCUGUCGUACCAGAAAAAGAGAAACAUACGGGAGACAACAUAUGUCUCAAGAAACGAGGAAAGCGUUUAUCACGUAAGAAGAAGGUGGACGGCUUGGACGGACCUUCGCUCAGUGAUACGCCAAGUGCUUUGUCCUUGCCGCCACAGCCCAAGGUCCCCACAUCCCCUCAACCAAAAUCGCCAGUAUCUCCUAAUCCAACUUCCCCGCUAGUGCGACCGUCGACUUCAUCUCCAAAGCUGACGCGAUCGCCUAUGCUUCGCUCCUUACCGGCUCCUGUAGUACAGGGCACAUUCAAGAAAGAGAAGACAACGCUCUCAGCUUCUCAACCGAUAAUCGGGGCGACUAUUCCGUCAUUCAAGUCUUCUCGUUCUCCAUCACCGGAUCACAAGGCACUGAACAGGCCUGUUCUCAGCAGUGGUUGGAAGGGCAGCCCUGGUGGGGGCCCUCACAAGAACCGCGAGAAAGUUGAGCACGAGCUAUUGAAAACAUCGGCCUUCCCUAAUCGUCUCUCUACGGGAAUAGUCCCAUCUAUGAAGCCGCAAAGUGGAUUCGGCCAGAAUGCCUCUGAAGGCAAGGCAUCCACCGAAUCCAUGAACGGUAACAGCCUGCGACCACUUCGGUCCACAGUAGUGCCCGAGGCCAAGAACGGACGUUCCCCGAAUCUUGAGCCCAAGGACAACAAGAUGAAGGAUCUCCAUAAGGCCGAGUCUCCCUUACCGUCACCAAGACGAAAACCCUCUUCGGCCGUUGGUGUUAGCGACAUUCUGCAGCAAAGGCUCGAGGGGUUCUUGAAGCCAUCUGCUACUUCCCCGCGUGAGCUUUCUAUUGGGGCUCUCCCCCGGUCAGCUAAGCCAUUGUCACAUAGUUCACACCAGAACUUCACCAGCGGAAGGCCAUCCGCAUACAGCAAGCCACAAGUUGAUGGCAGUUCUCAUGGCGCCUUGCCCAGCUUUUCGAACAGGACGAUUGAGAAGAGCAAGUCAUGGCGUUCGCCUACGCCGGUUCACCGCCGACCAUACAACUCUUACAACGCUUCGAAAGGGUCCCCAAGCAGUGGAUCGCCAUUGGGACUGGGUGGCCGAGUGUCGCCGUAUGAGAACGGGCACAAGGCACCGUUUCGCUCUGCAAGGAUGGAAGCACCAAGAAAUGAUGACAGCAGCCGAAAUGGUCCACGGCCUACUUGGAAGCAGUAUCCCCGAAAAAAUGGGUGGACUGGAGGCAUUGUGAAGCCGCAGCAUCAAACAUCAAGCGAAGCAAACGCGAGGGCAAACCGUCGAGGACGGCAAUAG